UCCAGUCCACUGGGUGGCAGUACUGCACCUGUCAGCUGCGCUGUUGUCUAUGGGGGAAACUGAGCAGCACUGUGCUGUGAAUGUGGUUGUUCUGCCGACGACAACAGGAUGAUCAAGUUUGUGCUGAUGGUGAACCAGCAGGGUCAGACCAGACUGUCCAAGUAUUACGAGCCGGUGGAGCUGAGCAGGAGAGCAGCGCUGGAGGCGGUGGCUGUUCGCUGCUGCCUGAGCCGCAGCAAACAUCAGAGUGAACUGGAUAUCAUGUUUAACCUGGACUCUGUUCACAUCAUCCUGGACGAGAUGAUUCAGAACGGCCGCAUCGUUGAAACAAACAAGUGCCGCAUCCUCGCUCCUCUCACCGCCAUCGACAAGAUGGCCGAUGGCUGAUGCAGGCAGGAAGCGACGUCACGGACCAUCAGUGGUGUUUGUGGAGGAAAACAGCUGGGAAGUCGAUGUGUGACGUGUUUAUCUGUGGCGUCACCAUUUCAGCCUCCACACGGGAACUCCGAACUGUAAAAACUGAUGACAGUCUGUGUCGGCUAACAGGCGCUGCAGUGUUGCAGCGGAACGGGGUGCCGUCCUCCGCUCCUGCAGGGGGAAGGCGUGUCCCUGCUCUACAGAAGGAAUCGUUCAUCACAGAUCCUCCACCAAGCUUCACGGUUGGCUCGGCCGCUUGUCCACAUUUUCAUUCACAUCAAACCUCCUGGAGAGCAACAUGUUCUUCCUGAUUCCACCAGCAAUUCCCAGCCUGGAAAAGUCUGCAGGGGUUAAAUUCGGUUUCUAGGAUGGAUCGAAGCAUCAAUCUGCUGAUUGCUGCCUGAACUGCCCAACAAAAAUAACAACGGAAAGUCUCUGAUAUUUAAUAUAAAACCACCAUUCAUAAAAAAAAAUACUGACAUUAAGCAAAUUUUGUUUAUCAUUCAAGUGAGUGGAUUCAUGCAAUGAUCUGUUUAUUCUUUAUAAAUCCUUCAUAAAUGUUAAAGCAGUCCAAACUCAACAUUUAAAUUGAUUCCAAAGCAACAAACAAUAAAUGUUUAAAA